AUGAUAUCUUCGGUAAAUUCGUGGCGACAGGGCUCGCCGGACUUUGACGAGUUUCCCGACGAGCCGAAAUGGUUCACACUGCAAUUUUUGGACGUUCCCGACAUGUGAGUUGCGCUUUUUUGGCAGAAAACAAAAACCAAUGAGACAAGCACGUUUAGAAUCGACUUUUCGCUGUGCUCCGCGAGGGCCCGGGACGCUGUGAGAGCUCUGAAGCACCGAGAAAUGAGAAUUGCGGCGCAGGUGGCUGAGCGUGGAGUUAUUCAAAUUUCGAGUGGAGAAAAGGACGGCUCGAAGCCGCUCUUCGAGUGGACCAUCAAUAAAGCGCCGUUCGAAGGCGGUCUACCGUCCAAGUACCUGAACGGAGUCAAGCUGGAGACAGAGUACGGUUCUUCUUCUUCUUCUUCCCUUAUUUUAGUCUGCUAAUACCGGUUGCAAGUAGAUCACAUGAUAACAUUCGGUUCGAUCGUUUUUCUUAUCGCGGGCCGAAGAACUGAUGUCCCCAGAGUGUAAAUCGAUGCGAAAAGAGAGAUAUUUUGGGGAGAAGGUCGGCGAAUUGACGGUUGAAGGCCCAUAAUACUGAUCUGUGAUCUUCAAGUUAACUAAUGAUCCACUUGAACCAGAUUAGGACUUGAUACGAGACUUGUCCUUAUCAGGACUGGGUAAAAGGCCAGGCUUUUCGAAAACCUGCCAAGUAUCUUGGGGUCCCCAAUACCGUUCGUUAAACUCGGUGUAUCUCAGCUGCCGGUAAAGAUAUCAGUAAGUUGUCAACUGAGAAAUUGUUCAUUAAGACAUUUUGUACAUUUUGUUAGUUGACCAUUAUUUGAUAUCUUUACAGGCAGCCAAGAUACAGCUUAAAAUCAAACUAGUACGGUUUCAAAGUGUCUUAAUCACUUGCCAGUUCCAUGAGUUAAAACAAUCUGAACAGAUUCAAUUCAGAAAGCCCCGCGAUGGAAUCCGUUUCACCUCGCGCGCCCCGUACAUCGAAGAAGCGAUGAUCGGCGUGAUCACCUACUUCUCCGACCUCUUCCAAACGCACAUUCACACGUUCAUGGGCAAACUGGAAGAUCAGGCGACGUUCAGUCGUCUCCUCACCGCGCUGGGGAAAUGCGAGAAAGUGACGAUCACGAUUGGACAGGACAGAGAUGUCAUAUUCCGACAGGCGCUUGAAAGUCUGAGUGUGUCGGAAGUGCUCGAGGUGACCGGAGGUCCGAAGCCCAGUUUCAAGAUUGAUAAGGUAAGGAUGAUCAGAAAGGCAAAACGUUUUGAUUGCUGACUUCAGGUGUUCCGAACGAAGCAACUAUUGUUCAAAGACGCCCGAUGGGUCACCCGGGCCAACUUCCUGAACAUGCAAUGCGAUACGAUCGUUCUCCAUCGUUGCCUGCUCACCGUUGCCGACUUUAAAGUGUUCUUGGAGCGAUGGGCGAGCGGAACCAACAAAUCCUUCUACUUUUUGUUCGUUGUGCUCGAGGACAGCGAUAUGAAUCUGGAACCGCUGGUCCUGGACAAACGGGCGAGGUACGGAGGCAUCAAGGUCGCCCCGUGGGACCGACGGAAGAGGGGACGGUUUUACAAGUGAGUUUAUGACUUUGACGCCAUCAUUUUCAAGUUUACGCUUCAGUACUUUGGACCUGGGCGACGGUUUGGACAUCGAGAGACCCGAUGGACGCUUGGGGACCUUCGGAGCUCUCCGCAACAACUUCUUUUUUGUCACCUGGAAGAAUCGGUUCCCGAAAAAGAUCAAAAACGGCGGCGCCUACUAA